AUGAGAUUGAGGCAAAAGAAAAACCACACACCACCCUUGCUGCAACACACAGUGACAACAAGAGCUUUUCGUUCCGCAAUUGAAGAAGAAAACGAGAGAGGAACGAAACGAAUCUCGAGUGUGAAAUCACCUCACUCUAUUGAUGAUGCUAAAUCCAAGGGAAUCUGUUUGAUGAUAACAGUCUUGCAGCUGGCUCAAUUACCCAAUAUUAAGGUUGCGACUGUACUCCUCUCUUCUGCUUUUGCCUACGACAUCUUUUGGGUGUUCAUAUCUCCGUUGAUAUUCCAUGAAAGUGUCAUGAUUGCAUGUGGAUUGAGCCCAGUGGCGGAGCCAGCGUCCGGCCAGGUAGGGCAGCUGCCCAGGCUCCGCCCGACCAUGCUUCACCAUCUCGCGAUGGAGAUCUUCUAUGGCCAUCUUCCGACACACCAUACCAAUCCAAGAGUUGCUCUUCAACCGCCGAGAAUGACUGGGGCUAUGGAUGUGUCAGAGUCAGGACGUGAAUAUGGGGCUAAAAACACUGACGACACCCCUGUGACGGGCACUUCUCAGAAAACUCGAGGGGAAGAUGCUCUUCAAUACCUUUUGGUGCAUGGUUGCCCUCCAAAUGUCCGAACAUAUACUAUAUUGAUCAAUGCACUUUGUAAAGAUGGCUCUUUUGAUGAAGCUACACUCUUACUAUCAAAAAUGGAUACCAAUGAUUUCCUCCCUGAUGCUGUAACUUUUGAUACAAUUAUUGGUGCACUGCUCAAGAGAAAUGAGACCGAAAAGGCAGAGAAACUUCGUCAUGAAAUGAUGGAGAGAGGUCUGGUAAAUAUUGAAAAAAGGUCAGAUACUUUAGUUCCAUUUUAUUUAUUUACUUGCUUUUGGACAGUAACUUCAGCUUCAUUUUGGAUUAUGCUUCUAUAA